CCAAGGCUGCAGCAGUUCUCCACCUGGUGGUGCCUGUCAGUAUUACCGCUCCUCCUCCACGCCUGACGUUUACUGGCAGCGCAUUAGGUUGUGCAAGAUGGCGAGCAGAGCCAUGUCGGUGGCAUUGAGUAGGGCAGCGAAGGUCCAGGCCUGCGGGCCGAGCGUCCUGCUGGUCAGGGGCCUCUCUGUCUCCAGUUCGAAAGCCAGAGAAGACAGCUGGUUAAGAUCACUGUUUGUUCGUAAAGUAGAUCCUCGCAAAGAUGCUCAUUCGAAUCUACUGGCCAAGAGAGAGACCAGCAACCUCUAUAAAAUACAAUUUCACAAUGUAAAACCAGAAUGUCUUGAUGCCUACAACAAGCUUUGUGAGGAUGUGCUGUCAAAGGUCCACGCAGGAGAGGACUACCCAUGUACAUUGGUGGGUUCUUGGAAUACAUGGUACGGAGAACAAGAUCAGGCAGUUCACUUGUGGCGGUAUGAAGGAGGAUAUCCAGCACUCACAGAGGUGAUGAGUAAACUUAGGAAAAACAAGGAAUUCACAGAGUUUCGUAAAGAACGGGGCAAAAUGUUGCUGUCCCGUAAAAAUCAGCUACUACUUGAAUUCAGCUUCUGGAAUGAGCCGAUCCCCAGAGAUGGGCCAAAUAUUUAUGAGCUGAGAUCUUACCAACUUAGGCCCGGAACCAUGAUUGAAUGGGGGAACCACUGGGCUCGUGCGAUUCGCUAUCGGCAGGACGGUGGUGAAGCUGUGGCUGGAUUUUUCUCACAGAUAGGACAGCUUUACAUGGUUCAUCAUUUGUGGGCUUACAAUGAUCUGCAGUCCCGGGACGACAUUAGGAAUUCAGCCUGGCAGAAAGAUGGCUGGGACGAAUGUGUUUACUAUACAGUCCCUCUUAUACAGGAGAUGGAAUCCAGGAUUAUGAUCCCAUUGAAGAAUUCUCCUCUCCAGUAAUGCACAUGGUUUUUGCCUCAAAUGAAAGAGCUGCAAACCUUUCUGUCGAUUUCUUCAUCAAUGAAUGAUCACGUUCAAUCUACCAAAACAAAUGACUCACUAUUAAUGUAGAACAUAGCUCUUUAUGUACUGCCCAUGUGUUUUCAAUAACAUAUGGAUUGUUUUCGUCUCCCCAAGAACACUGAUAUGUGUAGAACCACUUGUGAUAAACUACCGGUAAGCAUUGCUUAGUACGGUGGUGAUGGCCCCCAGGUACCGCUCUUCUGUUCCCUGGCUCCCCUGCUACAGGACACUAGAACGUGCACAUUUAACUCACUGUCUCGCUAUAAAUAGUGUAGAUUGACCACUUCCAGGUGACCAUCCUUACGCUGCAAACUCUGGGAAGCUGGACAUUGUAUUUCACAUACAGCCCUCUUUAAAGGGAACCUGAUGUGUUGAAAAUUAAGUCCAAUCUGCAGGCCGCAUGUUCUAGAACAGGAGGAACGAAACAGAUUUGGGAGAAAAGAUCCCAGAUAACGUGUCACUUAUUCAUGUAUUCUCUACUAAUUCUGUGCCCAGUAGUCAAGUGGGCGGUCCUACUCGCUGAUUGACAGCUAACUCUAUGCACACAGAUAACUGUCGCUCCUGAGUCAAGCCACUCACAUGACCACUUUGCCCAGAAGGAGCAGAGAUUUACAUGAAUAAAUUAUCCUGGAAGCUAUCCUGGAACUUGUCCCACAAAACUAGCUAUAUCAAUCUGCUUAGUGCCUCCUGCUUUAUAACAUGCUGCCUCAUUAUUUUUGUCAAAGGUUUCCUGUAAGUUGACCUUAGGUAUCUGAGACCCCUCCCCUCUAUAUUGUGAUAGGUUGACCCGCGCUUACCUAGCACAUUUUACUGUGGUACUAGCACUAAAGUCUGGUGCUUCCUUUUUGGAGACUUUUUCAAUCUUCACAUCUAUGAUUGCUAGUGCAUAGGUAUUCUAAGGUGUUAACCAGUAAGGGCAGUCAGAUGUUCGUUCUCAUCAUCUAACAGCUUGAGAAUUAUAGUAACCAUCUGACUGGCUUCCUGGACAACAGCCCCAAUAUCCUGUUCAUGUGCUCAAAGGGCCGACCACUGGGCCCCUACUGCAAACUCCUGCACGGUGCCCCGCUCUCCUUGUGUAUGGAGUGAUCUACGAUACUUGAAUGGAAACUUCUGAUCCCUGCACAAAGUAGUCGUCAACAUGCUACCUCCAUGUAUCUCUAUGGGAGAGUCAGAGGUACACAAAUGCUGCAUCUCCGGCUCUUCCAUAGAGACGCAUGGAGGGGGGCAUGUCCGCCAGUGCUUUGUUCAUGAGGAGUGGGGGGGGGGAGCCGGGCAGGAGAUCGCAGGGGUCCCAGUGGUUGGAUGCCCCGCGAUCAGACACUUUAUCCUCUAUUCUUUGGGGAUAAAUUGUUUAGCACCACAGUACUCCUUUAAGAUGGUCUGUAAUCCAGUACACAUCUAAGGUGAAAAUGCUACAUGUAGCAGCUUCGUUCAAUACAUUUUUUUUUUUUUUUUGUUCACUGCAUGAGACUUUUGUUAAUGUUUCGGAAUCAUAUGUGUCUGAUAUUGUCAAGUUGUAAGUUUACUGAAUUUCAGCCUUAUUUGUAAGUAGUUUAUGAAGGGCGACAUAUAAGGGAGAUAUGGGUAACCGGCACCCAGGUACAUUAAUAUCAGACUAUCUACGUAUUGAGAAUAGUCCAUUCAUUCUGUACACACAAAUUACAAUUGCAUAGCCCUUGAAAUAACUAUAUUGGACUUUGUUGUGCAACUUUAAUGCUGAAAGGAAAUGGCAAUUUUCACAGAUUUAAUAGGAUGUCAUUUUUAGGCUCAAAAUAAUGUGCUGAGUAAUUUCUUUAUAUAGUUUACAGUAGUCGGAUUUCUUCUUUUCUCAUACAUUGCCAUACAUUUGUAGCUAUAUAUGACAUUCUUUCUGCCUGCGGCCACCACAACUAGUGGCAGCUUGGGAGCUUGUAGCGAUCUUACACCUUGUUUUCGAGCACUGUAUUGCUGUAAAAAUAUAUUAAGAAAUUAUUCAGCACAGAAUUUUAUACCUUUAUAUAUUAUAUAUGAAAAUAUUGAGUUAUAUUCCAGGGUGGAAAUUUCACUUUUAAAUUAUCCAAUAACCAUGAUUUUAACUUCAUCUGGCUUGCAGAAUACAUGAAAGAAGUAUUCUGGAUACAUAUUAUUUUAAAAUGUUUAAAUCAAAAAGCACAUAUUUACCUGUGUCCCCCGAGGGCUCAACUUGUGACUUCUUCUAGCUCCCUGUUCUUCUUGGGAGGAACAAGAUCAGCGGGGAGCCAUAAGAUGUUACAGGGAGCCUUGGAGGACCCAGGUAGGUGAGUACUGUAUGCGGUUUUUUCCAUAGCGGACUUGGCAACAUUUUAAAUAAAUGUAUGUAUCUGGAAUACCCCUUUCAAAGUGAACCUCCAGUUUACAGCCAAAUUAAUUAUAAUUCAGAUUUAUAAGUAAUACCUUCAUAUAUUCUCAGAAUACCUCAACAUUUAAAUUAGCAGUGAUUCUUUUAAUAAACCUGUAAAACAUAAAACCAAUUAAAAGGGUUGUCCAGACAUACUCCUCCUUUCUGAUCUGACUGACCUUCAGCUUGGAGGACGCACUGCAUGCAACAUGUAUCUUGCACGGGCCCAGUUCGAAUAGGACUUGCGUACGAUACUCGCAGGGCGUUUAACGGUUGACUCAGCAACUGUAUCUCCACACGCUAUAAAGGAUCGGGCAGAAGAAUAUGUUUAGACAUCUCCUCAUAGCUCCCUACCUUAAAGAAUGCCAACACUGCUUGGGGUAGCCUGUAUUCUGUGAAUGUAGUCCUGGCAGGAGUUUCUACAAGGUCCAUCAGCAUAUUGUGAUAGCCCUGGAAAGCUUGAUGCAACUUUCAGCAACUACUUUAUCUAACUUGCAACCAUUUUCUAAACCAGUGCACCCCCAGUCUCUCUACUCUUCAUACAGAGUUAUAGCCAAACUGUUUGUCAUUUAAUUCAUAUGAUGGACACUGUUACAUUGCUAUUAAGGGUAUUUGUUUCAAACCAAUUUUUAUGCAUGGUGUUGAAAAGUUACAAAUAAUUUUUGAGUAAUUUAAUUUGUAAACAGGUCAUGCCGCUUGUGUGUUUAUGGAGAUUUUCUUAUAUUCUUCCCAAUAAAUGCUGUUUUUUCAGUUGUGUACUGUAGAAAUACAACACAUCCAAUGGAUUCCAAUAGGAGUAUGAGCACCAGCGAUAUCAGCCAAGUCACCCUCCUCUCUAAAACUGCAUAUUAUAUUGCGAAGUUUUCUCUAGAAAAUGAGAACUUGCUGUACACUGUCAAAUGCGGAUAUGCUGUCAGAUAAAACGAUUAUUCUGUUCAAGGUAAAGAGAAACACAUUCUCAACAAUACAUUUGUAAAUUGUUACAAUAUGAUAGGUCAUCAUGUGAAUAAAUAUCGUAACUGGUUUUCUCCUAAACAAUGGUAAUAAAAUUUUAUUUCACAUGA